ACCACAUUCAAAAUGGCCUCUAACAGCGACUGCGCUGGACGCGGAUCAAUAUGUGCAUAAGCAAUACCGACUUGUGGAUUUAUUCUCCAUCCUCAACGCUAGUGGCUUCGGGGAGGGGGCGAUGUCAUGUACGCACCGCACUUUUACGAGGGGAGUAUAUAAGAUGAGAUCUUGUCUUGCAGACAGCCCAGCCGAACCGGGGCGCAGCAGGAGCAGGGUUUCAUCUACGGUUCUGUACCACCGACACCUCCAUUGAGAUGGAAGGAGUGGAGGAUGCUGAUGGGUUGGGUCUCGCACCGUCCACCGAUGUCAACGACAACCGGGAGAGGUGCAAAAUUCGCGUCUGUGAUUCUGACCGUGACAAUGCGCGGUCCGGAUGGGCCGCCGAGGAGGGUUCUGUUUACACUUCGGUUUUAAAGGAUCGAGACGCUGGACACUCGUCAGUGCGCAAUGCACCGAAAGAGAGCCGCGUUUUGCUUGAUUUCAAUCCGGAUUCUGUGUUUCCGGUGGUGGGAUGCAGGGAUGAAAUAAUCAAUGGAUUUCCCGAACAGCAGGAUGUUGAUUUGGUUUAUCCAGAUGUAGAAGAAGGAGGGGGAAGCCGGUCCGGCCCGAAAGCAGCUGUGCGCGCAACCGGAAUGUCAGACUCGGAUAGGAUUACUGGGACGUCUGAGCUUGGAUGCGAGAGUGCGCAUAAACCCGACGGAGGUUAUUUAAAUUCACAGCUGAGGCCAAAGUCUCAAGUGCCAUUCGUGGGUAGGGAUUCACCAGAUAUGACGAUGCCUAAUGGAGAUGCGAUCUAUGGAGAUGUGGAUAAUACUCAUAUAAACCGCAUGGAUUAUGGACAUGCUAUGCAAUCUUUACAAGACACAGGUGUGAAAGUGGGAAAUGGGGGGUUUUUAAUUGUAAACAGUUAUAACACCCUGUCUCAAGUCCCCUUUCGAUCUCUAGGUGGCCUUCCUGCUCCAGUGAGCCAUGUCUUUGUUCAUCAAAGUGACUGUGUCCUCCCCUCCAGGAGGUCAUGUGAAGGAAUGGGUCGUGCCAGCGCGGAGAGCUGGGAAGACACCCGGCGCUCGGAUGCAGCGAGCUGUGACCCGGACCUUGCUGACACCCUGUCGGAUAUCAGUGCCAAGCUGUCCUUGUCUCCCCUUGUGGAGAACACAAGUGAUUACACCGAAGCUGAGCCCAGCCCAGAUGAAGAAUUUAGUGAAGGUGGCCCUCCACUUCGACCCCAGAGUCUCCGAACUAACCCGGGUCACACGGUUUCCCUCAGCUGUGAUGCCACUCCUCUGAGUCCCGGGGAUGAUGGAUAUUUUGGUGCAGAGGGUGUGGCGGAUGAAUGCUCCGUAAAUACAUUUGAAGGUGGUCGUCGACAGAGCGCUCCAGACAAGCUCCCAGACAGCACAAACCAGGAGGCCUCAUCUGACCUGACGGUUGACACAAAGAGACACGGCAUCGCCGAGUUCCUCACCAGGAGUUUGUUUUCCUGGAAGCCCAAAGAGUCAGGGGCCACAACGUCCCAGAGUGUUCCAGGAUGGAAAUUGUUUGGAAAGAUCCCGCUGCGGGACAACCCUCCCAAAGACUCAAAAAUGAUCCAGCAGGAAUAUGAGUCCAGGGUGGGACCCACUGUAGGACUGCCCCCUCCGCCAAUGAGACGAAAGAAUCUGGAGUUUGAGCCUUUGUCCACCACUGCACUCAUCCUGGAGGACAGACCUGCGAACCUGCCUGCAAAAUCAGAAGAGGAAUCUCAGAGACACAGACAGGAAUACAGUGAGAUGGUUGCAGGGGCUAAGAGAAGAGAGUUGAAAGACGCACAGAAGAAAAAACGUCAGAUGAAGGAGAGAUACCGCCAGGAAGAGAAUAUCGCCAACUCUAUGGUGAUCUGGAACACUGAGGUCCUGCCCAACUGGGAAAGCAUGCAUAACACCCGGCGUGUGCGUGAACUCUGGUGGCAGGGCGUCCCGCCCAGCGUCCGUGGAAAGGUCUGGAGCCUCGCCAUCGGCAACGAGCUCAACAUAACCCCAGAACUAUACGAGAUCUUCCUGUCUAGAGCCAAAGAGAGAUGGCGGAGCUUUAGCGAGACAAGUUCUGUCAAUGAAAAUGAAGAUUGUGGCGUGUCGCUGGCUGACAGAGAGUCUAGUCUGGAUUUAAUCAAACUUGAUAUAUCCAGAACUUUCCCCUAUCUCUACAUAUUCCAGAAGGGUGGACCAUACCAUGAUAUAUUGCACAAUGUGUUGGGGGCAUACACCUGUUAUAGACCUGAUGUAGGCUAUGUUCAGGGCAUGUCCUUUAUUGCUGCUGUUCUCAUUCUGAAUUUGGAGGAGGCUGAUGCCUUCAUUGCCUUCGCCAACCUCCUUAAUAAACCAUGCCAGAUGGCCUUCUUCAGAGUGGACCAUGACCUGAUGCUGAAGUAUUUUGCAGUGUUUGAAGUGUUUUUCGAAGAGAACCUCCCCCGACUAUUCCAGCACUUUCAAGACAACAGCUUGACCCCUGAUUUUUACCUCAUAGACUGGAUCUUCACUCUGUACAGUAAGUCGUUACCGUUGGAUGUGGCCUGUCGUGUUUGGGAUGUGUUUUGCCGAGAUGGUGAGGAGGCGUUAUUCCGGACGGGACUGGGAAUUCUACGACUGUAUCAGGAUGUUCUGCUACAGAUGGAUUUUAUUCAUAGUGCACAAUUCCUUUCCCGGCUGCCUGAAAACACACCCGCACAUGCACUCUUCUCCUGCAUAGCAAACACACAGAUGGUCAGUAAUAACCGGCGGUGGAACCAGGUGUUUUCCGCUCUGAUGAAAGAUGGACUGAAAGAAACCGACAGAAGCAGCAGCAGUCCUGCCUUACGAAGCUAACAUCUGACUCUCCCAGAAGAGAUGGUGAUCUUUCUAACGCUCGCAGAAGAUGAUGGUUCACGCAGCACUUUGACCUCUGCCGUGUGCCUGAGGAUAACUGUAAGCUCCAAAGGACAUCUCGGGCUCAGACUCGAUGGACUCAUUGAACUGUCUGAAGACUCUCAUAAUGGAUCUGUCCUCUGUGGAAGGGACGUUUCUUCAUUUGCGCCUGCAAGCGUUUGUACGUGUGUUUGUGAAUGAAUGAGCCUGAGAGCAUGAGAAUAACACAAAUGUGAGUCAGGUUACCGUAUAAUGUGCCAACUUUGUCAAUGUUACUUUUGUAAUGUUGUGACUGUAAGAAAACAACUGAUCAGAACCAUUUUCACAAACACAGAGGCCAGAGCUACAGAUAUAAACACUCCCUGCUUGCAGAAAUUUUGCAACCUGAACCAGCAGCGGGCCAUCUGGUACACACACAGACAUACAUAAUCUAAACCUGCAGUAGCCUUUCAUUUAGCACACGGUUAGCGUGUUUGUUAUGAAAAAUAUUUCUCUCGCUUUUGUAUUACUUGGUCUGUUUGCUUAAAUCCUCACGUCUGUUUGGCUGCAGUCAGGCAGCCAUUGACCCUGUGGCAAUAUUUCUGUACCCCUGUGACCACUUUAAAAAGCCACAGUAUGCCCAAAAAUCUGAACACAGACCUGGAGCAAAUAUUGGUUGAAGCAAAAGUGCUGAUCUGAGAUCUUAUCUUAUAGAUAGACGGAUGCUGAUCAAAUAUUAGAAAUCGAGAGAUUAGAGAUUUUAUGUUUUUUUUCUAAAUCGGCCAUUUGGUUUUAAAUGAAAAGCUUGCAAAAUGUUCUAUAUCGCACUCAGACAACACUACAUACUUACCUUAACCAGCAAACGAGAUCAGAUUCUGCACCUUCUCAAACACUCCAAAUGACCUAACCUUUUCCAGAUUUUUUUCUGCUAUUUAAAGUCUUUGUUUUUAAUUUAAGAUUUGUUUAUUUUUUAUCUCCCUCACUGUUGUACAUGUUUCACAUACGUGACGGUUGAAACUGUACAUCGCUUGUGUGAGGGAUCAAGGCUAGACAUUGAAAAAUCUCAGUAUUGGAGACCAGAUUUGUCUUCCUGUUUUUAUUUCUUUGUUUUUUUACACUUACACAGCAUCUGCUAAAAUAACUUUAAAGCAUUUAAGCAUAAAAUCUGAUUGUGCAACAACAUGGGACCAGCAUGUUUUUGAAAAGCGCCAUUGGCAAAUACAUUUUUAUAUGACUUUGUUUUUGGACAAGUGGUUUAUGCUACUUGAUUCAUGGUUCUUUACCAUCAUAUUUAACCAAAUGAUUGAUUCCUCUGUUCGCUCGGUGAAAUAAAAAAAUGUUGCAACCUC